GACGUCGACUGGGCUGGCUGGGUGGCUGGGUGGCUGCGUGCCUAGCGCAGGCGAGCGUCGGGGCUCCAGCAUAGCGUCUCUUGACUUGGGCAGAGCAGCGGGCUGAUUUCGAGCAGAGUCGAUGGUUUGGUCGACGGCGCUCGACGACGACGCGAGAAUCGCUUCUCAUGACGGGCAGAGAGAGAGAGAGAGAGCACGCGGGGGAAGCGAGCGAGCCUGUGGGUGAGGAGGAGCAGGAGAAUGGCAGCGUGAGCACGCGCGGGUGAUAGCUGCGGGGUGAAAUUGCGGACUCGGUGCUUGCUGGAGGGCUGGUUGGUUGGCUGGCUGGCUGGCUGGCUAGCUUUCUGACGCGAAGCUGGCCAGAGACGCCGAGACUCACCGCCUGAUGAACUUGUGCGAGGCGGACUAGUUCCUUGACCGGCAGUCAGAUUAUGGUGGACGACGAAAUUCAACGCUUUGCUGCAAAUAUGAGCCUUCUUGACCUGCGACAGAACCGAACUCUGUAGUUUCUUCGCAGUGGACAGGCUAUAGUCAUGGAAGAACAGGCAGCCACUAUAAUCAUCUCGGACGUCCCGGAAGAGAAAAAGGUGCCUGCAGAGAAAGAGGGAAGUGUCGGAAAAUUAGUCAAGCUCAGGGCCUUCAAUCUCUUCGCCUCUAAGAUCCGGGACACAAUCAAGGAUGAAAAUCCAGUCGCCAACGGCCAUGAAAUCAAGCGCAUUGUUGGUCAGAAGUGGGCCAAGUUAGGCAACCAGGACAAACAGGAGUAUAUUGACGUGGCUCAGAAUGAAACCGAUCUGCUGGGCCAGAUGCCGGUGGAUCCCAAUGCACCCAAGCGGAGGCGACGAAGGCGAACCAAAGCUGAAAUUGAACUCGAUGACGGUUCUGGUUUUCCGAAGAAAAGAAGGGGGAGACCACGGAAAAACGGUGAUGCAAUGAGAGGAGAGGUCAGCAAUGGGACUGUGCCAUCAAAUGGAGAUGGACAACCCAAACGAAGGAGAAUGCGUAAGCAGGGGGACGCAUCAGGCAAAGCUGUAGAUCCAGCCUUUGUUGGCAAAUGUGUAAGUGGGACAGUGGAUGGCUCUUUUGAUGCAGGGUAUCUGGUCACUGUAAGGGUGGGAGACACUGAUAUGGUCUUCCGUGGGGUACUUUUUGAACCAUCAAUUGCCAUGCCUCCUAACAACACCAACGAUGUGGCCCCAAAUGUAAAAUUAGUUAGAAGGAACGACGGCAUUGUCUUCCCUUCUACAGGUCCCAUGCAUAGCAGUUCAGGGCCUGCUUCUUCAUCGAAGCAGAUGCUUGGGGGUCCUAUGCAUUCAGCCGGGACCGUCGUCUAACUGAAUGGUUCUUUCUCGAACGCUUGUAUGUGGUACAAUCAUGAUGUUUAGGAUCCCUUUACUUUACAGCCCAGGCAUUGGCUAACUGCUGAUCUAGCUGUCACUCGACCUCGGUUCGACCCCAAGUUCAUGCUGGAUGGAGUUCGGCCCCCACCAAUGCAGGAAGAGUCCGGUAUGUUGUAAAUUAGAAAGGACUUCCUUUCAAAAACUCGCUCACUUGUCCAUAAAAUUGCUUGUAACUUCGAUCGCGUAGUAAAGGAAACGCCCAAACAGUUUUUUUGCUAAUAAAUAGGUUCGAUCC